AUGCGUUGGUUUUCAAAAGGGCCUGCGAAGGUCGGCCUCCCCCGGAGCGUGACCGGGCCUCGAACCCAGGCCGGCUUUAGGCUUGUGUUUCCCUGCACAGGGGAAAUAAUUGGUUGGGCCCCCGGGGCAUUUCCCCUCGUCAUAAAAAAAGACAAAGAUCAAACAGACUUUGGACCACAUGUCAAGAUGCGGAGUCGCGCCAUAAAGACUAACCCCGAUGUAUUGCCCACAACGCCCAUCUCCCAGCUGCUGUGGGAUGACUUCUGGGGCACGCCCCUCACCCACAGCGGCUCGCACAAGUCCUACCGCCCCCUCACGGUAUUAUCCUUCAGACUCAACUACAUGGCGUCAGAGUUCCAGCCCCGGUCGUACCACGUGACCAACGUGGCAUUGCACGUGGCGGCGACGGGGCUGUUCGCCGUGCUGGCGCGCACGCUCACGCCCCACGCCCGCCUCGCCCGGACGGCCGCCCCUCUCCUCUUCGCCGCCCACCCCAUCCACACCGAGGCCGUGGCGGGCGUGGUGGGCCGGGCGGACGUGGGGGCGGCCAUAUUCUUCCUGGGAGCCCUGCUCUCCUACAUGCGGUACUGCGGGUGUAGCCGCGGCAACGCCAACGGGAGUGCGGGCGGUCGUGUGGGUCGUAAGGCGUGGCUGGGCGCGGCGCUGGUGUCCGCCACGCUGUCCAUGCUCACCAAAGAGCAUGGCAUCACGGCCCUGGCCGUGUGCGCCGCCUACCACGUAUUCGUUCACGCCAAACUCAGACCCCGGGAGCUGCUGUCCAUCCUUACGGAGCGUCGGCAUCGCGGAGUAGCGGAAGGGUUGGCAGCCCUGGGUGCAGCCCUGGUGGUUCUCCUCUCAUGCCGUUUGGCCAUCAUGGGCUCGCAGCCUCCGGAGUUCUCCCCGGCAGAUAACCCUGCGGCGGACUGCGACUCCCCGGCGGUGCGCUCCCUCACCUUUUUCUUCCUGCCGGCGUUCAACGCAUGGCUGCUGCUGUGCCCCUACACGCUCUCCUUCGACUGGUCCAUGGAGGCCAUCCCCCUCAUCACCUCCAUCGCAGACCCGAGGAAUCUGGCCUCCUUCGCGCUCUACGCCGUGCUGGCCCUCCUGGCCAUGACGGUGCUGCUGUCGCUGCGGCGGCGUCGCCCCGGGGAAGACGCAGCCGGCGGCGAGACCACGACGUCGGGCGACGUGACCGUGAUGGGCCUGGCUCUCAUGCUGCUGCCCUUCCUGCCCGCCACCAACCUCUUCUUCUACGUGGGCUUCGUCGUGGCCGAACGCAUCCUGUACAUCCCGUCCAUGGGUGCGUGUCUCCUGGUGGGCUGGGGCGCCCACCUUCUGCACGCACGCGCCCGCACCGCCCGAGCACGCCGCCUACUGCACGGGGCAUUAAUUAUCCUAUUUUUGCUCUUCGCCGCCCGCACGUGGAGCCGCAACCGUGACUGGGCAACGGAGGAGAACCUUUACCGCUCAGGCAUCGCAAUCAACCCGCCCAAGGCGUACGGCAACCUGGCCAAUAUCCUAAGUUCCCAGGGCAAGAAGGAGGAGGCAGAAUGGGCCUACAAGAAGGCUCUGUCCUACCGAUCCAACAUGGCGGACGUCCACUAUAAUCUAGGUAUAUUGUUUCAAGAACAAAAGCGGUAUGAAGAAGCUUUGCAAGAAUAUAAAUUAGCGAUACAGUUUCGGCCGAGGAUGGCAAUGGCGCACCUCAACAUGGGCCUCGUGCUGGGUCUGAUGGGGCAGAAGGCGGAGGCGGCGGAGGUGUACCGGCACUGUUCGCAGCUGGACGGGUCCGGCCUGAAGGACCCCCGCACGCACGAGGCCACCAAGAUCUCCGCCCUCUUCAACCUCGGCAGACUCUACGCUGACGACGGGAACUUCGAGCGGGCUAUCGGGGUGUACCAGGAGGCCGUCGAGAAGAUGCCGCCGCAUUACCAGCCGCAGAGUCUGUACAACAUGUUGGGUGAGGCCUUUUUCAAGCUUGAGAAGUUUGACGAUGCCGAGAGAUGGUACUUGGAGGCGCUGAAGGUGAAGGCUGACCACGUCCCCGCCCAUCUCACCUACGGGAAGCUCCUCGCCAAGAUGCAACGGAUAGGAGAGGCCGAGGAGUGGUUCGAGCGCGCCAAGACUCUCGCGCCCAACGACUCCACCGUCCACCAGCACUUCGGUCAGUUCCUGUCGGAGGUGGAGCGUCACGAGGCGGCGGCCGACCACUACGUGAAGGCGGCUCAACUGGCGCCGUCGGAGUACGAGAUCAUCUUCAACGCCGCCAACACGUUGCGUCAGGCGGGUCGCAACAAGCAGGCAGAGGAUUAUUACAGACAAGCGGUUCUCCUUAGACCUCAGGAGGCGACUUCUCACAUGAACCUGGGCGCCAUGCUGCACGUCAACGGCAAGCUCCUCGAGGCUGAGUCUAGCUACCUGGAGGCUCUGCGCCUCAAGCCCGACGACUCCAUCACAAGGACCAACCUGCAGAAGCUCAGACACUUGUUGGCGAAGAAGGGGAUCAGCCCCUCCAGAUAGCCGAGUGACGCCCGUCGAGGACAUCCGACCCCAUAAAAGAAAGUAAAACGAAAAAGAAAAAAACUAUUUGUGAUAACCACGAGCAACAGCAGCGAUGAGCGGUAGCGUUGCAUGUUCUAUUAAUCGUUCUCGAUGUGAGUGUGUGAGGGCUUCUCGGACGUGGAAGUCACGUGUCCGGUGGGCGGCGGCGGCGUCUCCGUCAGACAGUGGCAUCCGGACCCUACGUCCGCGGGGAUCGCUCAGGCCUCAGUCCUGAGCCUCGCUCAACACCGAGCCAAGGAGUACACUCGCAGGAGGCGGCCCGGCAAUCGUGAUGGCAACCAUGGACUCAAGUUGCUCACCAAAACAGAAUGCUCAAGCUCAUCCUCGUCUUCAGGUCGUAUUCAAGAUGUCAGCCUUUCAAGUCCAGUGAGAAGAUGGCCGUUAUGAGCCUUGGCCGGCUGUUCGCCCAGGUCCACUCCCCUACUCACUACAUAGCGGGAAUGAGCCUAAGUGAGACGGUAACUCGGGAUCAUAACAGCCGAUCUAGUCACAGCUAGAGAAGUAGGAACACCUCGAGGUUCAUCAAGUCACCCCUGAACACGGCUCAAGGAAAAGGAGACCAGCGGCGGAGCGACAGAGUGGAGGCGGAGGUCCAGGAGGCCGAGGCUCGAGCGAGAGGCCCUCCAGUGCGCAGGCCGGCGGGCGCGGAGGGCGGACAUGCGCUGCGGACCCUCCUCAGCGCCCUCGGCCGCGCGACGGAUACGUCCGCGCAUCACAACCUCAAAUCGUCGGCGUGGUCAGUUUGUGAGCCAAGGAUGAAUUCGACGCUGUCGGCCGACCCUUCAUCUUGGACGGUGGAUUCGAAAAGCAAGUCUCAAACCCUUGUGUUUCAGAACGUUCGUAUAUUAAGAAAAGAAAAUGGUCUUGGAAUCCCGACGCAAAACGUGUCGCAGUCAAGAGAGAGGAGCGGUUUCAUGAGUUUUGGCAACGAAAAAAUAUACGAAAAAGUGUUCAUUCCAGAGUGAUAAAGAAUCGUCUUCCUCUACUUGGCUUGACCUGGAGGUCUUGCUCUGUCACCUCUCCUAAGUCAGUGUCAAUAGAGCUUCCCUCAGUGCCAAAACAGUGCCAAAAUCCUUCACUGGCAUAUCUCAAAAUUAUUACCCGAAAACUAUCUGACAUCCCCCCCCCCCUCUCCUGAAACACAAAAUGAAAGAAACGAAAGAAAGCCAAUCCCGCUCAGGCUGGAGUUUCCCAUUUCUGAGAAAAAAGGUUCGGCCAUUUCUCGUAUCCAGUUGUUCCUUAAUGAUUAUCAUUUACAUCACUAUCUCUUCAUAAUCCAGUGGACGGGUACCAUCAGUGGAGACAGUUCAGUAGUUUUCCUUUUUUUUGUGUCCUUUCUGUGGUGUGCGUCUCCCCCCCCCCCCCCCCACCUCCUGCGAGUUUUUUUUCACUAGAAAUGUCAUGUGCGCUCCUUGUCCUUUCUACGAUGUUCUGAGUGAUAUUAUCCAGUUUUUAUUUAUUUGUUGUAUCUAAAGACACCAACUGACAUUUAUUAUUCUGUGUGGAUCGGAGUUUGAAAUCGCUUCGAUAUGUUUGGUCGAUGAGUACAUUUCGUUUGUACGAGCAAAUGUGUUUUUAAAAAAUACAAAAAAACAAACGCCGCUUACAGCUAUGACAAAAUUUCGGUGAUAGUGAUCUUGAUACUUUUUUCGAACUCACUUAGUUGUCAGAGGCGUUCCAUACAGUCAUAUAGUUUAUAAACCGGCAGUAAACCCGUAGGGGAUCACCCAUUUCAUCUACAUCUAGAACAGAAUGAGUAUUACUAUAAACUGUGAUCAUAUAACAGGUUGGGCCGCCGCUGUUUUCUAUUACGCAUGUUUCAAAGGUUGUAUUGAUACGCUGGACUCAAACAUGUGGAAAUACACAAGAAUGAGAACAUGUGAGAAAAACGGCGUCUAAGGAAGGUUGCGACGUCGUUUGGCAGGAAGGAUGACUCCGAUAGUCCGCGUUUUUUUUUUUUUUUUUUUUUUUUUUUAAUGUUUGGAAAGUGAAGCUGAGGUCAACGAGUAUCUCUUCUUUUUUCUAUGUCUUCUUCUUUUUCCGACUUCGUGUUCUAGCCCUGAGGACGAGACGUUGUCCUUCCUGCCAAUUAGGUAACCUGUAAUACCUAGCGCGCCCAGCCUCCUUUAUCUGGCUACGGUGCUCACUACUUACCGUGCAACUCGUAAAAGAAAUAUGUUAAAAAUAUACUUUUUUCGUAGUGACGACGAUAUAUUACGUCACCAAUUAUGAUUCUAAAUUGAGUUGAUUGGCGGCUGUGAGGACCGUGGCUUCAGUAGUCUUGGUAAAAAAAAAAGAAAACAACAUGUUUGGAAAGCAACAUCCAUUGAAUAAGUAAAAUAGAGAAACAAUUCAGCAUUUGAUCAAAACCUAUCAAGCAUCAUUGUACAACAGCCCCGACUGUCUUCAGUGAUUCAAAUUGGAUAUUAGUAUUUUGUAUAGUCAGACGUAACCAACUCCAUUGUUUAGAUAUAUAUAUAUAAAUGUGCAAUAUUUGAUUUUUGUGAUGCCGCCCCGCGAGGGCGACGAGCCAACCCGGUAACGUUCCAGCUCCCGGUGAUGGGAAGGCGAAGGGCGUGGCAAGACAGCGCCCGGCGCGAGGGGGAGCCGCAGCCCCGGCCCGCCGUCCUGCCGGCGGCCUCGACGGGCGGGCUGGUGGGAGCUCCUCUCGAGGCCACAGGAGGAAGUGGUGCUGAAGGAAGGCAGUGCAGUGGGUUGGGAGUCAGCAGUCGGGAGCGGCCGCUGUGCCCGAUCCGCCAGGACGACGGCGACGCCCGUGGACCGCGUCAGGGAGAAGCCGCCAGCAGCCUCCUGUGCCGAGCUGAGAAAAAGCUGUCAAGUCACAGAUAAUUUUUAUUGUGAUGAAACGAUGUUCUCUAAUGCCUUGUAGAUGAUAUGCCAAAGACUACGUAAAUAUGUUUCCUAGAUGUGUAAGAGUUGACGCCUCAUAUUAAUAAUAAUUUUUCCCCGAUGGGGAGUGACAGAAAAUCAAAAGUAGUGUGUCUACGGUCGGUCGGCCAGCGAUGUCCCGAGGGCGGAGGACGUGGGCGUGUGGCCGUCCGGGCGGGCGGGCCAGAUCCUCAAACGCAGCUUUAUUUAUUCUCUUUACUGAAUCAACCGACGACUGAUGACCCAGCGAUCAGCCCGCCCCCCCUGAAGGGACCACACCACCGCCUCCCCCACCCCGGCCUCGCACUCCCUCCGAUCUCACUUAUUUCUCCCUCAAUCAAAAAUAUCCUGUGGGCUGCGUCCCGAAUCUUGGACUCUCCUCCUCUUCCUCCUCUUUCUCCUUCUAUUAUUCCUCCUAUCCCCCCCUCUUAUCUUCCUUCUCCUCCUUCUUCUUCUUCU